AUGCUCUCUAUUCUGCGGAAGGCGAGGCUGAAGGACAAGGAGAUGCGCAUUCUUAUGCUAGGACUCGAUAAUGCGGGGAAGACAACGAUCGUAAAGAAGAUCAUGCAUGAAGAUGUCAACACGGUGAGCCCGACGCUUGGCUUCAUUAUCAAAACCAUCGACUUUCGAGGCUACAAGCUCAACAUCUGGGAUGUCGGUGGCCAGAAAACCAUCCGAUCAUACUGGCGGAACUAUUUUGAGAAGACGGACGCGUUGAUCUGGGUGGUGGAUGCUACAGACCGGAUACGCAUGGAAGAUUGCCGAGCGGAGUUGAGAGGCCUGCUAUUGGAAGAGCGACUGUCCGGAUCCAGCCUACUGGUGUUUGUAAACAAGACUGACAUUACUGGUUGCAUGAGCGUUGAGGAGGUGACAAAUGGGCUGGAACUGCCACAGAUUCAUACACAUCGAUGGAUGGUAUUUCCAUGCAGCGCUAUGACUGGGAAGAAUCUAGAAGAAGGACUCGACUGGGUUGUUCAAGAUGCUAGAGACAGACUGUUCUUGUAUUAG